AUGGAGCUGGAUAGGCUCUACCCUGAUCCGGCUGAUCUGGAUGAAUUGGCCACAGUUGAAGCUCUCGUGCGAGAUGACCCUCAACUGCAAGCAGAGCUCAAGACUGUCGAAGAACUAAAAGCUAUAAUUUCACCACGUCACCAUUGGAAGGUGGUUCAAAACGGCUACUUCUGCGCCAAUUUUAAUCUGCCUUGGUAUCCCACCGUUAAGUUCCAUGACAGCGCGGAACGUAACCGAUACUGGAUGUUAUGA